AUGCCUGAGCCCUACAUCAAUUUGUUUGGUUCAGCACCUUACCUCUUGUUCACUCAUCACCUCUCGUUCAGCAACAUGUGCGAGUCAAUCGUUAACAACCACCGUUACGACCCGAAGUACCAUGCCGUUGAACGUGACCAUACUCACGUCAUCGGUCCGGAGUCGUGCACACGCUUUGACCUCUGCGGCGAUUGUGAUAUCGUUUACCAAGACGUCCAGUUGCCAUGUGGCCACGGCGCUGAAGUGCCUUGCCACAAGAUGGGGGACUUGAGCACAGUCUUCUGCUCCGCGGAGGUCCUCAAAGAACUUCCUGGUUGCGAGCACUCUGUCAUCACGGCAUGCGGCACAACUGACCUCACGCCUGUUCAGUGCACGGCGCUGUGCGACCGUCCACUGGCCAAUGCCUGCGUGCCUGUCCUCAUGGCGUCUGCGACCAGCCCUGCAGCGUUGUUUGCGCACCUUGCAACGCUGGGCGAGACGAUCAAGGACAACCCCGACUGCCUCCUCAUCACCCUCGGUUGUGGUCACGUUUUCACCAUUGACACGCUUGAUGGUUCGCUGUCUAUUAGCGAGUACUACGAUACCGACGAGAGUGGCGCUUUUGUCGGUCUCAAGACGCCAAUUGGCUACCAGUCGCGCAAGUCGUGCCCCACCUGUCGCUCUCCGAUAAACUCGCCAAGGUAUAACCGCGUGACGAAGCGCGACAUGCUCGACAUUCAAGACCAGAUUGCAAUCCGCCAAUACACCGCGGAUUUGCACCCCCUGGUGGAGGCUGAAAAACUUGACCUCUCAAUCGACCAGUGGAAGAUCAAGACCAGUCUGCAGAACUUGCCCGCUGCCCAAGACAACUACGACGAUAAUGUCGUCCACGAAGCUCUCACCACCGCUGCUCACGACAACAAUGGAUGGUGCCCAGCGGAGGCAUUCAUGUGCAACAGUGACGUAAUCUUUGGCAUCGACGGCCCGGCGGCGACGGCGUGGCAGGAGAUCGCCAACGACCACCUUCAUAUCUACAAAAGCCUGUGCGACAUGAUCAUCUCGUUUGACAGCCCCUCCCUUUUGGCGUACGAGGAAACCGUGUUGACAAUUGUCGGCCAGGAGAUGGGUCGUGGUCACCUUCCGCAUGUAACGGAUGAGGUCACCGAGAAGGUCUACCAGCACCUGGGUGCGCCUCUCCCCUAUGGCGUCACCAUGUACAAGAUUGAAGCCCAACUCGAAACAAUCAACAUUCGUCUCGCGCUGGCCAACAUUGCGACGGCCAUGGCCGACCAUCUCUGGGAAGCACAGCGUGUUCAGCAAGAGCAGGGUUCACGAGACUGCAAUAACCGUGAAAUGGGACGCCGGUUCGACGGCAUGGCCCUCGCGCUCCUUCGAACUGCCGAUCGCGAUAUGCACCACGCUAUCCAGCUGGCGACCGAGUGUAAGCUUCCCAAGACCAUCCUUCUCGGCCAUGUUUUCGGCGCCAAGGUCGCCUUCCGCUCGGCGCGCAUGCAGAAGACUCAAGCUCUUCGCACAACGAAAACGCAAGACAGGAACUCCACGAUCGAGACGCUUAAGACCGGCUGGCAGGCUGAACUCCAGAGCCUGGAAGCCCGCUUCCGCAAGUGUGUCAGCGACGUCCGCGAAACCUAUGGCCGCCUCGGCACCCAUGUCGAUGACUGCGUGCGCGAUGCGGACGAGAUUUUCCAAGACUGGGACGAGUUCAUCAACACCGCCUUGCACGACCAACUCACCAUUGAAGAGAAGCGCCAAGUCGUCCGCGCGUCUUUGGAGUACGGUGUUGGAGGCCGCUUCUACCAGUGUCCUAACGGUCACCCGUACACGAUUGGAGACGCCAUGGUGCAGGCGCAUUGCCCCGAGUGCAACGCCAUGGUGGGCGGCGCCGGCCACAACCUUCGCGCGGACAACACUCGCGACACUGAACUUGAGCGCAUCGCGCAGGAUGUCGGAGCGACGCCCAACCAAUGGGUCGACUACGACUUUGAACGCCUCCGCUGA